UUUUUUUGGGCUUGAAUUGACGUGUGGCGGAGCUCCGGGGUGGGCUGACCCCCUCGCCUCGCGGCCUCGACUGCUGGCUGCGCCGGGGUGGGCGCCGCUGACCCUAGUGCAAGCACGCCGCCGCGGCGCCGCCCACCGCCGCAGCGCUCCGCCUCCGCGCUCCAGCCCGCCGCGCCAACACCCACUGCUGGUGCGCGCUGGCGUGGCUGCCGCAGCGCUCCGCCGCCGCGCGCCCGCGCCGCCACCCACCGCCGGUGCGCGCCGCCGGCCCGCCGCCUACCGCCGCAGGCAAGCUUCCGGCGACGCCGAGGACGACCGGUGGCUCCUCAAGCAUAGGGGUGCCACAAGCAAGCAUCAGAAUUCAGAGAGGAAUCGCCUUGAUCUGCUCCAUCAAAACGCCAUCCCUUCAAGGGAGGGGAAAGAGGAGACAAAACCAAAGUCGCCAUGCCUUAUGGCCACCGCUGGUGCCGUCGUGGAUCGACUCCGGCACCGGCUGGCCUCAGAUGCUCGCCAUUUGGAGCUGCCCUCAAGCACAGCUGAGGACGUGGCGCAUGUCGGCCGAACUAUGUCGAGGUUGCAAGAUGUGCUUGCAAACCUGGAGAGGCAGUACUUCAAGAUGCCUGCAGAGGCGAAGGAUUGGAUCAGGAAAAUCAAGCAGAUUGCUUAUGACAUGGAAGAUCUUCUGGAUGAGUUCGAAGACCCUUGCGGCAUCAGAUCUCCAAAAGGUUUCUCUUGCUUAGCAACGGCAACAUCAUUCUGUUCAGCAGCUCCAUUUGUGUUUCAUAAUAGUAGUGCGCAAAGAAUGAAAAUGCUCAGAAGAAAACUAGAUUUAUCAACUGAAGAUUCUGUCAUAUACAGUUUAAUGCAGCACAAUUUAUGCGAUCAUAAGCCAUCUAAUCAGCACCACGUGUUUCAUGGAAGUGCUAUUAUUGGAAGAGAUAGUGACAGAGAAAAUGUAAAAAGUUUGCUCUUGAAACAUGAUGCAGACAAGAUAACCAUCAUUCCGAUUGUUGGCCUUACGGGUUUGGGGAAGACAACUCUAGCAAGGUUAAUUUUUCAUGACCAGACUGGAGAAGGGUGGAACUUUGAUCUGCAUAUAUGGAUCCAUUUGGACAGGAAUUUGGAGCUUAAUAAAAUUGCUAGUGAUAUGAUCUCGCAAGUUAAUCAAACAGAAGAUAUUGCCGUUUCAGAGGUAACCAGGAAUGACCAAAUUCGAAAUAACUUGCAGUUUAUGAAGAAACGCGUUCAAGAAGUUAUUCAUGACAAAAGCUGUUUGAUUGUCUUGGAUGGCUUGUUGAGUACAGAUAAAAACCAGCUUGCUGAACUGAAGGAAAUGUUGACUAGUAAGAACAAGGGCACCAAAAUCCUCAUGACCAUUUCCAAUGAAAUAACUGCAGAGCUGUUUCACACUAUUCCACCUUAUAAACUGGGUCCUUUAUCCGAAGGUGAUUGCUGGGAGAUAUUUUCUCGAAGAGCAUUUGACAACGGAGAUGGAAGCACACACCUCACUGAAAUUGGGAAGCAAAUGGUGAAAAAGUGCGAAGGCAUGCCGGCGGUAGCAUAUUCUCUUGGUUCAUUGGUUCGUCACAAGGGUGAGAGUGACUGGUUAUGGGCUAGGGAUAAGGAUAUAUGGGAAUUAGAGAGGAAGUUUUCUAGUGCAGUUGAAGUACUGACACCAUUCAGUGAAAUGUAUUACACUAUGCCCUUGGCUUUAAAAUUAUGCUUUGCAUACUUGUCGGUUUUCUCCAAAGGGUCAAGAAUUGAUAAGGAGAAACUUAUUCUGUUAUUCAACAGUGGAUGGCACUAGAUAUAGUUGGGUCGAAGCAUGGGACUUUACCUGCUUACAUUCAUGGAGAUAUGUACAUUCAAGAACUUUUGUCAAUAUUCUUCCUUCAAAUUCAAGAGAUAUCCUCAGUAA